AUGACCAUCCGCCUUAAGCCCAGCCAUUCUCCAGACCCAACCCCUCUCUCAUGGGAAAACAUUCCCGCAACACCAGACACCCCUUCAGAACUCGAUGCAGUGCCCCCAUCGCCGCCCACCGUUUGGCUAUCCGCCCGCGACAUGAAGACGUUUGGAGCAGAGCCCUUGAAGCAAGAUAUUGGUAUCGUGAAAUGCAAAGACUGCGGGAAGCCUAUAUUAAAGAGCGCUAUUGCAGACCAUGCUGACAACUGCGCAAAGAUUCGCUCUGGUGGAAAGAAAGGCGCCAAGGGUAAAGCCGCUGCAGAGGAUGAUUCGGCCAAGAAGGGAAAAAAGCGCAAAGCAGAGGACGAGAUCCCCGACGCAGACGAUUCUUCUGCUCCCAAGAAGAAGAAGCCUGCCACAAAAGUCACCAAAGGCCGUUUCAAAGGUCCCGUCGACUACGAUAAGCAGUGUGGAGUUAUCAACGACAAAAGCCUUCCGUGUUCACGGUCCCUCACAUGUAAGUCGCAUUCGAUGGGUGCGAAGCGCGCUGUCCAAGGCCGUUCGAAACCGUACGACGAGCUGCUGCUGGAGUGGAACCGACUGAACAACCCUAACUGGGUAGAGCCAGUGAAGAGAGAGAGUAAAGCAGAGAGGAAGGAGCGCAAGGAGCGCGAGAAAGUCGAGAAGAAGCGGCUCGCCAUGGAGGCCGCUGCAGCUGCCGGCGUCGACCUCUCCAAGAAGGGUGCGAGCAGUGCUCUAACCGGCGCUACGAAGAAAGGAAAGAAGGCUAGUUCCGCUGCGGCUGCCGCCGCCGCCGUGGCCGCAGCCACAGUGCCGCCAGGAGAAGACGUGUAUGAGAAUCUAGACGAUAUCGACUCGGAGGCGGAGGUGGACUCGCUCGUUCAUGCAGUCCGUAUUGCGCAUGAUCGGGGGUUGAUCAGCGUCCCUUUGGCGGUCCCGUGUGAUGCCAGCUCGUGGUUUGUUGCUCGGAGAGAGCGGCUUCGAAGUUGCAGCCAACUUAUCGCAGGGGCAUUAAUGCCUCAACGGAGCUCUGCCGCCCCAGGACCUCGCCUAUCCUGA